ACGUCACCUGUAAAUGGUUAUGAAAUGUUGUUUUUAACGUCCUGUGAUAUGACAAGAACACAUCACGUGGUGUCGCCCAAUAACUGAAAACUUCUUUAAACAGUUUAUAAGGCUUUAUGGACGGUUACUAGUGCAAGAAGAACAGCAGGUCAAUCAUGGAUAAAAAGUCAUUUGAGAUGGUGCUGGACGAAGUCCGAAAGGCGGUUAUGACAGAUUAUAAAGUCAAGUCCUUGGAUUAUGUGCAUGGAUAUUUUUCUUGUGAACAGGUGGUUGAGCUGUUGAGAUAUUUCUCAUGGGCAGAGCCUCAGCUGAAGGCAGUGAAAGCCAUGCAACAUAAAAUGGUCGCCAUACCUGCAGCAAAAGUAGUGAACAUAUUGAAUUGUUUCACAUUUAGUAAAGACAGAUUGAGCGCCCUGGAGCUGUUGGCUGUAAAUAUUCUUGAUGCUUCGAAUUAUCGGCCAAUUGAAGACCUUUUUAAAACAAAUCUAACAGAGAAAAAACGUUGCAGAAGGAUCUUGGAACAGGCAACAAAGAGUGGAUGUAAAGCUCCAAAUGCUAUGAUUUCCUCCUGUGGGAUGAUCCCCGGAAACCCGUACCCCAAGGGCAGACCCAGUCGCAUCAAUGGAAUAUUCCCUGGAACAUCUCUGAAGAAGGAUGGAGAAGAGACAAAUGACGGAAAGGGAAUUGCAGCCAGGAUACUUGGCCCAUGUAAACCAGCUCCUUCUUCAUAUAAUCCACACAAGCCAGUACCGUACCCGAUUCCUCCUUGUCGGCCUCACCCAACUAUUGCUCCAAAUUACUAUGGGAAGACAAUGUCGGUAAAGAAGGAACAGUCAAACUUAAGUACCUCUGGAGAAGGUCAAAGUUUAUCUGAAGGGGGAGGGGCAACAGCCAAUAGUACGAAUUGUCGGGAUUGGGCUAACAGAAACGAGAACUACAGUGCAUACAUCAAUGGUACGCAUAUUUCUGCUGUCAAUUCUACUGCUUCUAGUACGGGUGCUCCGCCCCCUUAUUCUCCCAAUUCUGCUACACAGUCCUCUGGUUCUGAAGAUGCGUCUGGUCAAUUAAGGGCUACACCCAAUCAAGCUCCAGCAACCCCGCAUAUCUCACCACAUGGAACCAACACAUCAGCUCCUCCAACACCUUCUGUUACACCUGCUCCAGUGCCUACAGCUUCUCCUGCUAAAUCCCUAAACCAUCCCUCCACUCCUACAACACCUACCCUUUCCACAAUGAGCAUGGCUGCUCCUCCAUCAGCCUUUUCAGGGCAAGCCACACCCCCCAUGGCAUCUCCUAAACCAUCUACACCAAGUCCAACUGUUAUAAAAAGUGCUCAGAUGUCCUCCAGUACUCCCACAUCAGCUGUCAAUGCACCAUCCACACCAAGUCCUGCAGUAUUUCCUGGUCUUCCAUCUGCUGCUGUUCCAACCCAGCAGAGUUCCUCCACCCCAUAUUCUUCUGGGGCCAGUGAUCAUUUGCCACCUCUGUCACUUCCAGGCCUUCCAUUUUCUGCCACUACCUCUACAGCCUCUGUAAGCACUGCCAAUAUGAUGCCAUCACUUUUUGCUGGACUCCCAUUGUCCUUAAAUCCUGCUUUCCAGGGCAUGGGUAGCCCAACACUUUCUGAUAUUGCUGGAGUUGCCGGACAAAUGAAUUUAGGCAAUCCAUUGUUAUCAGUCCUGAAAGGAUUUUUAGCCAGUGAUCCAGGAUUACUGAAUUCCCCCUCAAUGUCUUCCAUGCCUGGAGCAGGACUUUUACCUUUUCCAAGUCUCCAAAAUCUUGAUUCUGUCUCGGCUUUAAAUAAAUCCUUUACUCCCCCUUGUUCUACACCAACACCUCAAAGAACAGCUACUCCAGCUUUGUCUGCAUUUUCAGGAUCAUCUUCUCCUUCAUUAACCAAUCCUAUUACUUCAUCUGGUGCCAUGCCUCUUCUGCACACUCAGUCUCCACUUAGCUGCAAUGCACAGGGACAUAAUCCACCCUCUUCCAUGUCAGAACACAAUAUUUCAUCUUCCCCUAAUUUAUCCAAUGCCACCCCUUUGCCUAAAGCAGAACCAGCUAGUCCAUCACCUUCUGCAUUUAAAGGACCAUCACGCUCAGCUACUCCAUCCCACAGUUCCCUGGGAUUACCAGGUGUCCUAGGUCACAUGUUUUCACCUGGCCCUGGGAACCUGGCUAACUCCAUAAACCCAGCCUUGUCAGGGCUUUCCUCUAUUAAUGGCAAUAUUGGUAACCCAACCCUGUCCUCGAUGGGAUUGGGUUCCUCCCCAGGAAUUCCACCUGUAUUUCCACCCUUUACUUCAUUAUCCAAUGGCUCUCCAUUUGCAGGUAGUCCAGGUCUCACCCCCACUGUACCUAUGUUAACAUCUACAGCCACAAAUGCUUCUGCAACCCCACCACUCACUUCAUCUGUGUUUCCUGGCCUUUCUGUACCCGCAGCAGCCGCUGCCUCCUCUUUUCCACUUAACCUAUCCAAUGCACUCCCUUCUCUCUUUUCUGUACCUCAAGCACCCUUAGUGUCAUCAAACCCAUCUUUUCCUGGUUUCCCAGUUUCUAGCACACCACCAGUCAACCCCACUCUUUCCGUUCUCCCUUCCUUUCCUGGACUUCAGGCUCCAACAUCUUUAGCAGGAGGCCCACCUGUGCCGCCACCCGCGAGUAUCCCAUCUCCAGCUUCUGUUUUACCUGGAUUUGCUUCAGCUUUCAGCUCAAACUUCAACUCUGCUCUUGUGGCGCAAGCAGGGCCGUCAGCAUUUCCUCUUCUUUCUCUCUCUGGUCUUCCUGGUUUUCCGCAAAGUCCCGCUCAAUCCCUUCAAGGAUAUCAGCAGAGCGCAGCUGCUGCUGCAGCAGCUCAGACAGCAUUGUUACAGGCACAUUCAGCUUCUUUGGAAGGAUUCUCAGCACAAGCAGAUGCCUUCGCUGGUUUCCCUACUGGACCUGGAAUGCCCUUUCCUCUUCAGCCGGGAUUGCCACAACGUGGCUGGCAGUAGCUUGAGAGCAUUUCAGACAAAGCAAAUUCUUCCAUUCACUAACAAUUGAGAGGCAUAGAAUAGUCAUCAGUAUUUCAAAUCCCUCAUAGUGUAUAGAUUUCCAUUUCUUCCUUUAUAAUUUUUACAAGGACACAUGUCUGAACAUUGUUGGAACACUAGAUAUUUAUUAGCAAAACCUGACCAAAACCUCACAUCUUUCCAGUACUGACCUUUUCAGAUGAGGAUAAAUCUAUUUUAAUAGCAUUUUUUAAUUAUUUUUUUUAAAUACUAUGUUUUCAUAUGGUUUUACAGAAUGAGUAGUGCUUUUAUAUAGCUGUGGUGCUUUUAAAGUGCUCUCUGUUGUGGCAGAUGGAAAGGCGGCCAUUAUUAGAC